AUGGACCACUCAUCUUCUUCCGAAUCACAUCUUGAUGACUGCCGGAGAAGGCCUCAGCCUAAGGCCACGGCGAGAGCAGUGAAUAAUAAUGAUAAUAUCAAGAAGAAAAGAGUCAAAAAAGAUCUUGAUGAUGAAAAGAUUGUUUCAAGUUUCAGAGGGGUGAGAAUGAGACAAUGGGGAAAAUGGGUUUCCGAGAUCAGAGAGCCAAAGAAGAAAUCAAGAAUCUGGCUAGGUACUUUCCCCACGGCGGAGAUGGCUGCUCGUGCUCACGACGUGGCAGCUUUAGCCAUAAAAGGUGACUCUGCUCAUCUCAACUUCCCGGAGCUAGCCUACCACCUCCCUAGACCGGCUAGUGCCGACCCUAAAGACAUUCAAGCAGCCGCAGCCUCCGCUGCGGCUUCAGUCUUCAAUGAUAUGGAGGUAGAGACGUCUUCACCGUCUACUGGAAACACGGAACUGUCGUCUCCGGCUAUGGCCUCAACGGCUGACGACGCGUUCACCGACCUUCCGGAUCUCUUGCUCGACGUGAACCACAAAAACGAUGGCUUUUGGGAGUCCUUCCCUUACGAGGAACCCUUCUUCUCGGGAAGUUACUAG